CUAGGUAGUACCUGUUUAUUCAACUGAAAUCUCUAGAGACACAAAAUUAGAUGCUUCCAUAACUGGUUUAAAUUUUUCAAAGUCAGAAGUUAGUUUUACCUUGUGUGUUGUAUGCCUUGUACAAACCAGUUUUGUAAUACUUAGCACAAUUACAAUGCAUACCCCAUUCUCAGCUUCCCCAUGCCUUGCAAACCCGAUAUUCUAAUCCUGAAAAGGCCUGGCAAAAUGUUGAGCAGGAACUAUUGAUGGAUUGAGUCUCAGGCAUCUCAGACCUGAUGAAAUGUGGCCACAUACACUGCUGUGUGUCCAAGCCCUGGCUAUCUGUGCAUGGUCUGGUGGCCUCAUGAGCAUUCUCUCUUGGUGUUGAUGUUCUUCUUCCUACUGAUCCAGCCCCACCCAUCAGUAUAUCAUCAUGAAUUCAUUUAACCCUCUGCAUGUAUAAAUUCCUCAUUCUGAUUGCUCUUUGAGUUUUACCAAUCCUAUUGAUCCUAGAUGAUCUUUCUUCCUAUAAAUUAGGAAGGAAGGAAAAUAAUUGAUUGGGAGGGCUGUACAAUGGGUCCACAGCUUAUGUUCUCCAUGACACAAAAGAAAACAAUAAAAGAAUAAGGCCUAUUCUUGCUAGAGCAGGAAUGAGCAUUAGUACAACUAACCAUUAUGAGCUCUGUGGCUUUAAGCUAGUUACUUAUCAGGUCUUAUACUGGUUUUCACAUAUACUAGAGGUACACUUUUUUUUUAACAGAAGGAAAAAAUAAUUCUUAUUUCUGUUUAUUAUCUUUGCAUAUUGCAUACAAAUGUAUCCAUCAAUUCACUAAAUAUUAAGUAAUUGCAUAACUGGUAUUCUAAAUGCCUUACAGUAUGUGAAAAUAUUUGGUGGAUUAUUAUACAGGCUGAGGAUAUUUUUCCAUCUAAAAUAAUGGAAUAGGGUUUUCACUGUCAAAGAAAUCAUUAUCCUAAACAUUUUCCAGAACCAAUUAGAUUAUACUCUGAGGAGUGCCUGGAUAUUAAGGUGCUUAGCACAGUUCUGGGCACCAAACUGCUAAUAAUUGGGAGCUAAUACUACCUUAGUUUGGUUUCAGGAGGAGGUUGUUUGGCACCAAGAAUGACUUUAUUGCACUUUUAUUUCAACUUAUUCCCUUGUUGUUGGUGUUAAUCCUGCAAAAGGCUAAACUUGUAAAAGUAAAAUUCACUCUCAUUGCAAAUCCUGUUUCUCCUCUCUUUGCUGAGUUCUCAAGCCCUUGCAAUUGAGAUGGGAGUGAGACUGGAGUUCCUUGGCUUGUGGAAGAACAUCAUUAUCCUUUGCUUUGGAAAUUUGUUCCUCUGGAUCAGGGUGUGUUUUGAACCAGAUGCACUAUUACUAAUAGCCGGAGGAGACUUUGAAGAUCAGCUUAGAGAAGAGGUGGUCCAGAGAGUUUCUCUUCUCCUCCUCUAUUACAUUAUUCACCAGGAAGAGAUCUGUUCUUCAAAGCUCAACAUGAGUAAUAAAGAGUAUAAAUUUUACCUACACAGCCUCCUGAGCCUCAGGAAGGAUGAAGACUCCUAUUUCCUUUCACAGAAUGAGACAGAAGAUAUCUUGGCUUUCACCAGGCAGCACUUUGACACAUCCAGAAGCCAGUGUAUGGGAACUAAAAUGCUACAGAAAAAAUCUGGAAUCCAGAACAGUGACGGUGCAGAUGAACAUACACUUCCCAGAUUGGCAGCGACAAUCAUUGCUUUGUCCCUCCAGGGUGUUUGUCUGGGACGAAGAAACUUGCCAGCCCCAGACUAUUUUACAGAAUAUAUUUUCAGUUUCUUGAAUAGUACAAAUACUCUCCACUUAUCAGAACUAGACCAACUUCUCAAUACUCUCUGGACCAAAACCACCUGUAUCAAAAAGGAUAAAAUCCAUCAACUUCAAAGGAAACAAAACAACAUAACAAUCCAUGAUUGGGGCUACUCUAAUCUAUCUGUGUCUGUGGACAAAGGUUCAGAUGAUGGCCCAAUUUCCUGGGAUCAGACUUGCUUCUCUGCUCAGCAGCUGGUGGAGAUAUUUCUACAGAAUAGAUUUUCAUCCAUUUCUAAGGAGGACUUUAAGCAGUUGAGUCCAGGGAUCAUCCAGCAGCUACUCAGCUGCUCUUGCCACCUGCCCACCGACCAGCCAGCAAAACUUCUACCCACCACGCUGGAGAAAUAUGGCUACAGCACAGUGGCUGUGACACUUCUCACACUGGGCUCCAUGCUUGGGACAGUACUGGUCCUUUUCCACAACUGUGAAGAGAACUACAACCUUAUUUUACAGCUGUUUGUGGGUUUGGCUGUUGGGACACUCUCAGGGGAUGCCCUGCUCCACCUUAUCCCUCAGGUUCUUGGUUUAGAUAGGCAGGAAGAUGCUGAGUUUGGACAUUAUUUCCAUGAAAGCAAAGGUCAUAUUUGGAAACUGUUGGGUCUAAUUGGAGGCAUCCAUGGAUUUUUCUUGAUAGAAAAAUGUUUUAUUCUUCUUGUGUCACCAAAUGUCAAGCAGGGCCUGUCAUUGGCUAAUGGACACGUGGGACAUUCCCACCACCUUGCGCUGAACCCUGAAUUAAGUGACCAAUCAGGAAGAGGCAAAUCUCCUUCAACUAUCCAGUUGAAAGGUCCAGAAGAUUUACACGCUGCUGAGAGUCCCAUAGACAGUAUGACAGCCUCCCACAGAAAAUGCAAAACCAUUAGCUUGUUAGCCAUAAUGAUUCUGGUUGGGGACAGCCUGCAUAAUUUUGCAGAUGGCCUAGUGCUAGGAGCAGCUUUCUCCUCUUCAUCUGAGUCGGGAGUGACCACAACAAUUGCUAUCUUGUGCCAUGAAAUUCCACACGAGAUGGGAGACUUUGCUGUGCUUUUAAGCUCUGGACUCUCUAUUAAGACUGCCAUUCUGAUGAAUUUUAUAAGUGCUCUAACUGCCUUCGUAGGACUAUACAUUGGCCUCUCAGUGUCCACUGAUCCAUGUGUCCAAGACUGGAUCUUAACAGUCACUGCUGGAAUGUUCUUGUAUUUAUCCCUGGUGGAAAUGCUUCCUGAAAUGACUCAUGUUCAAUCACGACGACCCUGGAUGAUGUUUCUCCUGCAGAACGUUGGAUUGAUCUUAGAUGUGAAGUCCCCCCUUACCGCGUUGACAUGGUAUAGUUCACCUGGAGGCAUAACUCACUGGCUAAAGAGUGCUCAUGAACUUGAGAAACCCAAAGGAUAAUAUAUAUGUCAGCAUUCUUCUUCUAAAGUCACCAAAGGAAAUCUGCUCCAGGCUGGUAGAACUGGAAACCAAAGAUGAAGUUUGAACAUUUUUCAAAUAACAAAGGUUGAUUCCAGGCAAUAGAUUAAUGCCUAAAUGCUCACAGAUUGUGUAAUGGAGAAUAUUUAUGGAAAUAAUCUUCCUGACAAGUGAGAUAUGUUUUAUAUUCGUUCUGAGGAAACACAGAAUCCUAAACAGGAUUGCAGUAGGUAAGCUUAUGAAAUGAAUAAGCAACAUUACUGAUAACCUAGAAAAAUUAUUAAAAUAGAAAAUAACCCUG